AUGGCCUCUUCGACCAAAACCAUUGUCCUCAUAACUGGUGCAAAUAGUGGCAUCGGGUUGGAGCUGGCGACUCAGCUGCUGAGUGAUGCGACGAAACACGUUCUUGUUGGUGCUCGCUCCAUCGAAAAGGGCACAACCACCGUAAGGGACCUCCAAGCUCGCAAUCUCCCAGGCAGCGUGGAGCUACUCCAUAUCGACGUCUCGAACGAGGAUUCGAUAACUACGGCAGCUAAGAAAGUGGGGGAAGAAUAUGGAAGGCUUGAUGCCUUGGUCAACAACGCUGGUAUCGCCGAUAGCAAUGACGAACGCAUGUUCCAUAAGCUCAUUAACAUAUUCAGCACAAACGCUGCUGGACCAUACGCCACUGUGGAAGCUUUCGCACCACUACUGUCGAAGUCUCUAUCGACGCCCCGCAUCGUAAACGUCAGUUCGGGAGCCGGCUCGAUCACCCUUCGCUUGGAUCCAAAAGACGCUUUUUACAAGAUGAAGCAGGAUCAAUAUCGAAUCAGCAAAGCUGCUCUGAACAUGGUAACGGCCUGCCAAAUCACCGAGUACCAUCCCAAGGGGUGGAAGGUGUUUGCGUAUUGCCCGGGGUGGACAGAGAGCAACUUUACUCCUCGCAAUAAGAUUGCCAACGGAGCAAAACCGACGAACGAAGCUGCACUACCUAUAGUGAGAAUGCUGAAUGGGGAACGAGAUGCUGAGGCGGGGAGAUUUUUUGCUCAUAGUGGUGUGAACCCAUGGUAA